AUGUCCGACCCGCCAGAGGAUUUGCCCAACGAGGUCGUCAUCGACGACGAGGACCUCCGUCCGGGCGCGAGGCGCCAGUCGACCAGCUCGGUGGGCAGUAGCUGGAGUAGGAGACACAGCCAUUAUGAUUCUCAGAGAAUCAGCCACCGCUCGCGGGCGACCUCCACCGGUAGCCAGGCCCGCUCCUCCACCAAGUCGAAGGGAAAACGCGCGAGCUAUCAGCAGCCCAGUGACUAUGGGAACAUUGACGAGACGGCCGUGCCGCCUCCCGUCCCGCCGCGAGAGGGAGGACCACACCUGGAGGACGUGCCAGAUAACCCUGCUACUCAAUCCUCCUCAUCCCGGCCCAUCAGGAACUUUAGCCAGCCGUACCGAGGCCAUCGCAGGCGGUCAAGUGGUGCAAACCCGCGUGAGCAGGACUUGACCGAAGUGUCUGCCUUGCCUCCGCUUCCAAGCACGAAUCGUGCGUCCGGCACAGGGGCGCACAAGGACAUGUCGACGACGGGGAAGCAGACUCUCGACACAGAACGAGGCGAUUACUUAUCCGAAGGCGCCUCCGCCGAGCCGCGGCCAUUCUCUUCGCGGUAUCCGGAUGAAUUCCUCCCUAAACAACCGCCGGUGCCCAGAUGGUUGACAGAGCUCUAUACCGUCUCGUACCUCAUCUUCUUCUCCAUACUCGGCACUCUAGCGCGUCUUGGAGUGCAAUGGAUCGCUUUCUAUCCAGGUGCGCCCAUCACGACUCCUGUGGUAUGGGCCAACAUGGCAGGCUCCAUGAUCAUGGGCUUCCUGUCCGAGGACCAAGCACUGUUUCGAGACAAGUCUCACCAUGAUAUUCUCACCGAGAAGCGCCAAGGAGGACCAGGCCCCGCUACCAUCGACAAGGCCGCACUGACGAAGCACAAGAAGACGAUUCCACUCUACAUCGGUCUUGCCACGGGCUUCUGUGGCAGCUUUACAUCCUUCUCCAGCUUCGCGCGGGACUUCUUCCUUGCGCUGUCUAACAGUCUGCCUGCGCCGAUCUAUCACACAUUCACAUCCGAGGCAGGCGCCGUAUUACCAUCAGCCACCGUUGCACGGAAUGGCGGCUACUCCUUUGAGGCACUCUUAGCCGUCAUCAUCUACACAAUCGCUCUCUCCCUCGGCGGCCUCAUAGCCGGUGCCCAUCUCGCCGUCUUCCUAGAAGACAUCACACGCCCCAUCCCCACAAAUGUCGUGCGCAAAUUCCUCGACCCAACGAUGCUUUUCCUCGGCUUCGGAUGCUGGCUCGGCGCCGUGCUCCUGAGCAUCUUCCCCCCAGACCGCUCGUCCCGACCCAUCGAGACCUGGCGCGGCGACGUCCUCUUCGCCCUCGUCUUCGCCCCCCUCGGCUGUCUGCUCCGCUUCUACGCCUCGCUGCACCUCAACGGGAUCGUGCCCUUCUUCCCCCUCGGCACCUUCGCGGUCAACAUGUUCGGCACCGCCGUCGAGGGCAUGUGCUACGACGUGCAGCACGUCCGCGUCGGCAGCAUGGGCGUCGUCGGCGGCGGACGCGUCGGCUGCCAAGUCCUGCAGGGCGUCCAGGAUGGCUUCUGCGGGUGUCUGACGACCGUGAGCACGUGGGUCUCCGAGGUGAAUGGGUUGAAGCGCAGGCAUGCCUAUGUCUACGCUUUGGCGACUGUUGGAGGCGGGUUGUGUUUGAUGGUGGUUAUCAUGGGGAGCGUGCGGUGGACGGUGGGGUAUGCUGCGCCGGUUUGCAAUGUUGGAUACCCGAACAAAGUUCAUGGAUGA